UCGGGUCUUUUUUAGCGCCAUCUGCUCGCGGCGCCGCCUCCUGCUCCUCCCGCUCCUCCCGCUCCUCCCGCCGCCGCUGCCGCCGCCACCGCCGCCGCCCUGAGUCACUGCCUGCGCAGCUCCGGCCGCCCGGCUCCGCGUUCGAGCCUCCUGGAACGAUAUUUGGAGUUCUUACAAGAUGGCAGACAUGGACAACAAAGAACAGUCUGAACUUGAUCAAGAUUUGGAUGACGUUGAAGAAGUAGAAGAGGAAGAAACGGGUGAAGAAACAAAAAUCAAAGCGCGUCAGCUGACUGUUCAGAUGAUGCAAAAUCCUCAGAUUCUUGCAGCCCUUCAGGAAAGACUGGAUGGUCUGGUAGACACACCAACAGGAUACAUUGAAAGCUUGCCUAAAGUAGUCAAAAGACGAGUGAAUGCUCUCAAAAACCUUCAAGUGAAAUGUGCACAGAUAGAAGCCAAAUUCUAUGAGGAAGUUCAUGAUCUUGAGAGGAAGUAUGCUGUGCUCUAUCAGCCUUUAUUUGAUAAGCGAUUUGAGAUCAUUAAUGCAAUUUAUGAACCUACAGAAGAAGAGUGUGAAUGGAAAGCAGAUGAGGAAGAAGAAGUUGCAGAGGAAAUGAAAGAAAAGGCCAAGAUUGAAGAUGAGAAAAAGGAUGAAGAGAAAGAAGACCCUAAAGGGAUUCCUGAAUUUUGGUUGACAGUUUUUAAGAAUGUGGAUUUGCUCAGUGAUAUGGUUCAGGAACAUGAUGAACCUAUCCUGAAGCACUUGAAAGAUAUUAAAGUGAAGUUCUCAGAUGCUGGCCAGCCUAUGAGUUUUAUCUUAGAAUUUCACUUUGAACCCAAUGAAUAUUUCACAAAUGAAGUGUUAACAAAGACUUACAGGAUGAGGUCAGAACCAGAUGAUUCUGAUCCCUUUUCUUUUGAUGGACCAGAAAUUAUGGGUUGUACAGGGUGCCAGAUAGAUUGGAAAAAAGGAAAGAAUGUUACUUUGAAAACCAUUAAAAAGAAGCAGAAACAUAAGGGACGUGGGACAGUCCGAACUGUGACUAAAACAGUUUCCAAUGACUCUUUCUUUAAUUUUUUUACCCCUCCUGAAGUCCCUGAGAAUGGAGAUCUGGAUGACGAUGCCGAAGCUAUCCUGGCUGCAGACUUUGAAAUUGGUCACUUUUUACGGGAGCGGAUAAUCCCAAGAUCAGUGUUAUACUUUACUGGCGAGGCUAUUGAGGAUGAUGAUGAUGAUUAUGAUGAAGAAGGUGAAGAAGCUGAUGAGGAAGGGGAAGAAGAAGGAGAUGAGGAAAACGACCCGGACUAUGACCCAAAGAAGGAUCAGAACCCAGCAGAGUGCAAGCAGCAGUGAAGCAGGAAGUCUGGCCCCGAGGACGGCCUACCCUGUAAUAGCCUAAACCCGACUGUCUCUUACUUACAGCCUUAUGUUUUGUACUUUCUUGGUAGACUCAGUAAGUUUUUAAAGGAAAGGAAAUGGAUAUUUUAAAGACCAAUUUGUUCUAACUAGAGUUCUGUCAGAUAUGUUGAAUGCAUAAAUCCUUGCUAAUGCAUGUCCGUUUAUUGCCGCAGCUUGGUUCUUCUGGAAUAUUUUCACCAUAUUGGAUACAGUUUUGAGAGUCAGCUGUUGCGCACAUUGUUUGGUGUAGCUGUUUGUUUCCUAAAGAACCAAAGUUGUUUCCAGCUGAUAGAACAGGUUGGAGUCGACCUGCAUUAGCUCCUCCUUCUGUUACGUUGUUAGGGGAUGAUGCAGAUUGGAGAAAAGGAAAUUGUGGUUAAGAAUUUCCAGUUAAGAUCAAACCUACUAACAGAUUAUUAAGGGAGUUUUAUAUUUUAGAUGAUAUAAUUCUAACAGAAGUCAACUCAUGGUUAUUAGUUAUAGCAAGGUGAACAAACCCAAGGUUUUUUUGUUUUUUUCAGAAGUUAAUCUGAUAGUAUUUAAAUGUACUUUGAAAAUUAACCUCCAUUAAUUAAGUAUCUUUUCUUUGUGGUAGGGCCUACCCUUCUGCUUUCCUGGAAAGGAUGGAUUUACAUCAUUUGAACCUAUUUUGAAUUUUCUUGUUUGUUUGUUUGCCUAAUUUUGUUUUUAUAGCCUAAAAUAAAAAUGUUAUACAGUCUUAGCUCUCACAGGAUGAUGUCUCAGUUUGUACUGAUGGAGGCUAUUGCAGAGGGUUAGCUGGAGUUCAGGGACGCCUAGUUUUCCAUAUUGAACACCCUUGGAGGUGGUAAUACUUCUGUGCUUUUAAAAAGGGGACGAAUGAUGUGUGAUCUCUAUUUUUUAUUUUUUUGGCUUCUGUGUUUCUGCUCAAGGAUGAGUCGUGUGUCCUCUAGCCAUGCUCCUCUUUGCUGUGGACAGUUACGAAUGGGUAGUCCUGUUGAUUUAACUACCUCACAGAUAUGUUAAGGCAUACUGGGGUAAAUCUCACAAACUUUCUCAGUCUUACUAAAUGCUCAAAAAAUAAAAUAAAAUCGGGCCUCUGUACCACAUUGUAGUCACACUAAGCUUGGCUAAUUAAACUGGAGAAUGAAGUUUAAACACCUCUAUUAUAGGUCUGAGCAUGUGGCUCCUGUUGUAGUGGGAAUGGAUGAAAUUAGUGUGCAAUUUCAAGAGAUCGAUGGGUUGUUUUUAUUUUUACACCCCCCCCCCACUUUGGGGUUUCAAGUGACCACAUUGUAAUAAAUCCCAAAAUGGUAAUGAGGCCAUUGCAGGGGAGGGUAACAUUAAGUUUUAGAUACCGAGAGCUACAUUAAAAAUACCUCAGGCUAAUUACUGUUCAUUGGGGGGAAGGAACUUUUCUUCACAGGGUAUAUUGAUUGGAUUGUACUCGGACAGUCUAUCAUUCCUGCUGUUAAUAAAAUUUACAUCGAGUUGUUUUUUUCUUUGGAGAGGUGAUAGCUCCUUGUGAAAAUUUCGUAUUGAGGUCUUAGGAUAUGAACACAUGUGUAGCUGACCUCUUCCUGAGAUUUUUAACUACUGGAAAUCCUUAACCAAUUGCAUUGUUUCCUUUAUUUUGAAAAUACUUUGGUUGCUUUCUAUUAGAUGGUUUGUACUAUUUUCUGUAAUCAUAGUCGUCUAAACACAGCUUAUUUUCUUGAACAUUCAAGUUUGUGAUCUAAAGGUCGAAUCCCAUUUUCGGUGGAUUUGGAGAGCUAGUGCAGUCCUUCCCUCCUUCCCUCCCUCCCUGAGGAAGUAGCUGUUGCCAAAGGAACAGUAGCUGCUGCUGUUGUGGAAUGGGAGUGUGCUGUGUGGACACGGGGUCAGUGUGCAUUCCGACACACUGUCAGUCCCCUGAUGGGUCUCUUCCAUUCUAGAAGUCUGAAAUGUGUAAUUUGAAAUCCUUAAUAAAAUUGGAUCUAAUUUUAUAAAA